UUCAGUCCCUCUCAGAGACUAAUCCCAUCUGAGACGGAACCUACAAGUCGGAAGAUCACACUAAAGACUCAGGUAAACCAUGUCUGACCAAAGUCAAAUCCUUAUCUCUCAAGAACAAUCCUUCCACGACCAGUUCGAUUUGAAAGAAGAGAUAGGCAAAGGAGCGUUUAGUACAGUGCGUCGGUGCACUCAGAAGGGCACAGGGACCGACUAUGCUGUUAAGAUACUCAACACAAAAUCAAUGAGCGAGAGAGACCUCCACAAAAUCGAACGCGAGGUGAGAAUUUGCCGUCGACUCAGCCACCCAAAUGUUGUACGCCUCCAUGCAAGCAUAAAGACAGACGGCUCUAGUUAUUUGUUAUUUGAUCUAGUAACUGGAGGAGAGCUGUUCGAAGAUAUUGUAGCGCGUGAAUAUUAUAGUGAAGUAGAUGCUAGUAAUUGCAUUAAACAAGUUCUUUCAAGCGUGAAUCAUUGCCAUGAAAACCACAUCGUUCAUCGGGAUCUAAAGCCAGAGAAUCUUCUACUCUCGAGCAAGGAGAAAGGUGCUAUAGUUAAGCUUGCAGAUUUUGGUUUGGCAAUAGAGCUAGAUAAUGAUCGUCCAGGAUGGUUUGGUUUUGCUGGUACCCCAGGCUACCUUUCGCCGGAAGUGCUCAAGAAAGAGCCUUACGACAAAGCAGUAGAUGUGUGGGCCACUGGGGUGAUCUUAUACAUACUUCUUGUUGGUUAUCCACCGUUCUGGGACGAUGAAAAGGAGAAGCUUUACUCUCAAAUCAAGAAGGGCUCAUACUGUUAUCCUUCACCUGAAUGGGACACAGUUACUGCAGAAGCAAAAGACUUGAUUGACAAGAUGCUUGUUGUUGAUCCAAGGAAAAGAAUCACUGCUUCAGAAGCAAUCAAACACCCAUGGAUUCUGAACCCUGAACAAGCAGCAUCAACCAUUCACCGUCAAUCAACUUUAGAUGGCUUGAAGAAAUUCAACGCGCGGCGCAAGCUCAAAAGUGCUAUAAUCAGCACAAUGUUUGCUGCCCAUAAACGCGGAUCUAGCACUAGCAAAAAGAAAAUAUCUGAGGAGGAUUCCGUCACUACCAUAAUAGACGAAGGACUUGUCAGUCAGGAUCAAGAGAUCAUACGCCUGACUCAAGAGCUCAUAACAAGCAUCACAACAGCAGAUUAUGAGACCUACACCAAGCUUGUUGACCCACACCUCACUGCAUUUGAACCUGAAUCUCGAGGAUGUCUCAUCGAAGGUCUAGAGUUUCACAAGUUCUAUUUUGAUAACUUUGCUGGCAAAGCCCAAACUCACACAACCUUACUCACACCUCAUGUGAUUACUCUUGGCCCUAAAGCUGCCUGUAUUUCUUACGUUCGCUUGGACCAAACAAUUCAGCCAAAUGGUGAACCAGUGACACGACACAUAGAGGAGACAAGAAUCUGGCAGAGGAAAAAUGGGAACUGGGUGAACGUACACUUUCAUAGAUCGUCAUUUGGAAAGUAGUCAACUAUAUAUCAAAGACAACUAACUGUUUAGUUUUUUGGUCAUGUUAAUGCCGUCAAAUGUUCAUGUUGGUUUUGAGAACCUGGAAGAUGAAAAAUGGAAACUAGGUGAAGAUGCAAUUUCAUAGAUCCUAAUUUGGAAAUUUUUCAAAUAUCAAAAACAUAACUGUUUUAGUUUUUGGAUCAGGUUAUAUGCCAUAGAAUGUUCAUGUUGGAAAAAAAUCUGCAAAAAAGGGAAAUGGGAAUUGGAGGAAUUAAUAUCCACUUUCCUAGUUCCUCCUUCAGAAAAUAGUCAUUUCAAAGACUUAUACCCCAUUCACACCAAGGCUUAUACACCAUUCACACCAAGGUUUAAACAUGUUUUAAAGUGGUUUAACUAAACAGGUUUGAAAAACUAUCUACGAACACUGCACAAUCUUUGGUGAAAUAA